UGCAAAUGUAUGUAUGUAUUAGAGUAGCAACACGAUUUUUGACAUAUUUUUGUUUUUUUCUCUUAGGGGCUAUACAUUUCAGGUUUGAGUGUUAUCGAUGAGAUAAAUAAGGUGCUCAACAAGCUUCGCAACGAGAAGUUGAGGGUGUAUUAAAACCUGCAUAAGUUUUGGCAAUGUUUAUAUUUUAUGUGGAUAAAGUGCAGUGAAAUAAAAGGUGUCAGUUCAGUCUAGAUAAAGGCAUCAUACUGGCAGAGACUUAGAUUGUGAGAAAUAAAUUUGUGAAACCGGUGGUUAAAAUACAUAAAUUGUUUAAGAUAAUUGAAACAGGACGCGCUAUGGUAUAUGCAACAAAUAUUAAUAUUUUAGUACCAAAGUUUUGACAUAAAAAUAAAAUAAUAAUGUAAAAUUAUAACGUGAAUAAUGUAACUAAAUUGUGCGUAAAUGCGAGUAACGAACAAUUAAUAUCCCUCUUAAUAAUAAGCAAAAUAAUUGUUAAUUGCGUUUAGUGUUAUUAAUUAUAUAAAACAAAACAAGUAUGAGCAUUACAAGUAUGAAGACGUUUCAAUAGAACUAUGUAAUAUAUGUAUAUUAUGUUCACAUUGCAUCAUUACCUCGAGUUUAAAAGCGGUUUCUUUUCAAGUAAUAAUAUUCUUUUGAGCAUGUUCUUUUCUCAACAUAUUCACAAUGUCGCGUGUUCUUUUCUUAAAAUGGGGCACUCUUAUCGGGUUAAAGUGCAACAUUUUCUACACGGUACAAAAAGUAAGGGUGAAUGUUGCCCAUCUGAUUUUCAUUUUCUGUGUAUACAAACAUGUGAACAUAAUAUAAAGAUUUUCAGUAUGCAUACUUUAAGAAAAAAUAUUAGUAAAAAUAAAACUAAAAAAUAAAAAACUUAUGUCUUCAAAAGCAUUUAGACCUCACCACUGUAUAAUUGGCUCUAGUAUCCAGAGGAAAAAAUAAAACUGUUACAAAGUUAAUAAUUAAAAAUAUUAUAUUAAUCAUACUAAGUGCACAUUUUACUGCUUUGCAGAAAUGUUUAUUUUGUGUUCUACAACUUAAUAUUACAACUUUUUCGUAUAUCAGGAAUUUAACUAAGGUAAAUUUUCUCACCUUUCCGAGCAAGAGCAUAAAGAAAGGCAAACAUCUGCCGGUGAUUUAGUAUUAAGUAUCCCAACAUAUGGUGAAAGAUAUUUAAAUAAAAAGUUAAAACAAUUAUAUACGAAUUAAUUUAAACUUCAAUCGCGUACAAAAAAGCACAGUGCUUAAUCGAGGACUGCGUCGAAAUCUAGGGGAACCAUACCCAGGCAUACCAUUUGAUUCUAUCGGUGUAUAUGCCUCCCUAAAAAUAAUAGCAGCAGUAGCUAUAGUAAUUAUGCUGCAAUAACAAUACUAAUUGCAGUAGCGAAAACAAUUAGCCCUUUAAAAAACACAUACCUUAGUGUCUUCAGCACUAGCAAGCAACAAGACACAGAGGAGGCAAGUUUCAUCAUUGCAAUAAAGUGAUAUUUUGAUCCGUCUUCGUAAAUGUUUUUGGUGACGAUUAUUUGUGCCAGCUUACGAGAAAUAAGAUAAACUGCAAUAACUAACUCUUUAUGGCUAAUAUCAAGCCAUUUUGACAGUUCAUAGCUUAUUUGUAUGUAUUUCAAAACCUACGACGUAUUUCAACAAAAGUCGUUGCGUAACAACAAAUGUCAAUUUUUCCAAAUGUUUGCCAUUAUUAUCCUUCAAUUUCAUCAAUCAAUAAUAAUAAUGGAAUACGGAAAAAAGAAACCGCCCAGAAUUAUUUGCAAGUAUGUGCAGUGUGUGGAGAUAUAGCAGUUUGCCAGCACUACGGUGUAAGGACUUGCGAAGGUUGCAAAGGAUUUUUUAAACGUACUGUUCAAAAAAACUCAAAAUAUGUUUGCCUAGCAAAUCAGUCGUGCCCUGUUGACAGGCGACGACGAAAUAGGUGUCAAUUUUGUCGUUUUCAAAAGUGUUUGAUGGUCGGUAUGGUUAAAGAAGUAGUUCGAACCGAUUCACUUAAGGGUCGGCGCGGAAGGCUACCCUCGAAACAGAAACAUGUUGAUUCAUUUGGAUUAUCUCAUAAUGUAUCUUUAAUAUCAGCGUUGGUUAAAGGUCAUAAGGACACAGCACCAGAUAUAUCUAGUUUGGAUUAUGCGGCAUAUCUUGAACCAAUAUUUAAUAACUCACCACUUAUCGUAAGCGAGUCUGAAAAUGUCCUGCAGUUUUACAAUAUACUUAAGAAUUCAUUAAAUGUGAUACAGCAAUUUAUCUACAGAAUACCGGGCUUUCGUGAUUUGUGUGCGGCGGACCAGGAACUGCUUUUUCAAUCUGCCUCCCUCGAAAUGUUUGUUUUGAGAUUAUCAUAUCGCACUCAACCUAAUGACUCAAAACUAAUAUUUUGUAAUGGCAUGGUUUUGCACAAAACUCAAUGCGAAAGAGCCUUCGGAGAUUGGCUGGUAAAUAUCCUGGAAUUUAGUAAUUGCCUCAAUAGCUUAGGAAUUGAUAUAUCGUCCUUUGCUUGCGUCUGCGCUCUAGCAGUUAUAACAGAGCGCCAUGGACUUCAAGAACCUGGAAAAGUUGAAGAUAUCCAAUUGAAAAUCAUUGAAAGCCUUAAAGAUUAUGUUAUUUCCAAUCCAAAAUAUCAAAGAGGAUCGUAUCAUUUUAGUCGCUUACUCGGAAUACUACCUGAAUUAAGAUCACUCAGCAUGCAAGGUUUGCAAAGAAUUUUUUACCUUAAGAUCGAAGACUUAGUUCCAAUACCUACGGCGAUUGACAAAAUGUUUGUGGCUAGCUUGCCAUUUUAAUGGAAGUGUAAUUAAUAUACACAUUGUACCUGAAAAUAGAACUGUGCCAGAGUAAUAAUUAAAU